CACCUGGAACCUAAGCAUAUGCAGCUGACGAACGGAGGGUUUGCACAGACUGGAGAGAGCUGGAGAGAUCUACUGGAUGAAGGACAUGUACACUGCUGGUGCCAUGGACGAGCCUCUCUGGACCUCAGUGUCAGGUGGAGCCCUGCAGUAAGAUGCUCGAGUCUAUGUUUGUCUGCAGUUCCCCUCCUGUGACCUCUCACCUUUGGCUGCUCAUUCUUUCCUGCUCUCUUCAUGGUCAACCAGCCCUGUCUGACCUGGUGUUCUCCACCCAUCCAGAGGAUGGUGUUGGUGUACUGGGUGCUCCCCUCACACUGUACUGUGCAGUGUAUGACUCCAGCAGCCAGGGGGAACUGUCUGUUAGAUGGGAGAGGGCCAGUGGAGAGCCAGCAGCAUUGACUCCUGGUCCUGGCAGAGGGAUCCACCAAUUGGCCAACGGAUCUCUGUUCUUCCCCCAGCUGAGAGAGGGGGACCUGGGGAGAUAUGUCUGUAGUGCAGGCAUUGGAGCCAAACACAUCAUGACUGUUGUCCAAGUGAUGGAAGCUGACCUGGAGGUGGUGUUCUUCAGUCCUCAGUCUCAGACAGUCAGUGAGGGUCGGCCAGUGUUCCUCCAGUGUGUCUCAGGGGACAGCUCCCCCCCAGCACACAUCACCUGGCUCAAAGACAACACACUCUUCACCAAAGGCGCUCAGAUUCAGGGUCAAUAUGGAGGGGGUAACCAGAGGAAGACCUCAGGCACUCUUCACCUCUCUAAUGUCUCAAUAGAGGACGAGGGGGAAUACGUCUGUGUCACACACAACACCUUACUGAACACCAGCCGGGAAAGCAAGGCAGCUACACUCACAGUACAAGGAGUCCCUACAAGGCUGCAGAUCACUCAGGGCCCUGACAACAUCACAGUUGCCAUAGAGACGGAGGCCUCCAUGGGCUGUGUUGUCCGAGGCUUACCGCCUCCCACAGUGCAAUGGUUCAAAGACAGCCUUCUCCUUGUGAACAACUCUGGCUUGAGUCUGCAGAACAAGGGACAGCUGCUUGUUUUCAAGAACGUGUCUGAGGAUGAUGAGGGUUCCUACCACUGUGAGGCCAGGAAUAAGAGGGAGACAGUCAGGUCUAAGACUGCCUUUCUCCUUCCAGCAGUGAUGGGGUGGACCUUUGUCCAGCAGCCUACCAACAAGUCUGUGAGGAUGGGGGAGUCUGUUACUCUGGUUUGUAGACCCCCCUACAGCAGGCCUCCAACAACAGUGUCCUGGUUCAAAAACAACCGCCUCCUUUCUCCCAAGACACACUUCACUGUCAGGCCUAGUGGAGACCUCAUCUUCCACAGUGUCUAUGACACAGACAGUGGAGUCUACUUCUGCAGAGCAUCCAAUGUCCACCUGUACAGAUCUGUGACCUCCAGAGCUGCCAGACUGACCAUUCUGGCAUCUCCCUCGGUGAGGCUGUGGCCACAAGUGGUGACAGUCCCUGUAGGGGCCCAGGUGGUGUUCCAGUGCCAGGUCUGGGGACAGCCCCUCCCCUCCAUUGUCUGGUCCAAACAGGGACGCUCCAUUCAGACUGGUGGCAAGAUCGCUGUGGGCGUGAGAAACACUACCCUCUACAUCCUGUCUGUCAGGAGCUAUGAUGAGGGCACGUACACUUGUGAAGCCUCCAACACUGUGGGGCAUGACCGGAGAACAGCUACUUUACGUGUCGCUGUAAGCCCCAUCAUAGUGUCCUUCCUGGGGGCAGUGAGCAGCUCAGAGGGGUCCUAUGUGGUCCUGCCAUGCAGGGCAGUGGGGGACCUCCCCAUCAGGUACACCUGGACCAGGGGACACUCCAUCACCCCAACCCUGGAGAGGCAUGUAGAUGAUGAGGGGGCUCUGCAUAUCUCCAGUGUUCAGGUGUCUGAUGCAGGGGACUAUCACUGUACCGCUGAGAACAUAGUGGGACGACAGCAGAGAAGAGCCACCCUCACCAUCUCUGCUGAAGAUGACCCAGCUGAUAGAGAAAGGCAGCAUAGACAGAUUGUAUCUGCAGUGAGUAAUAAUGAGGUUCCAAAGACUGAAGCAGAGCAGAGAACUCCCCUGUCCAGUAAUGACCUGAGUCUAGUUCAGCAUUCUGAGAUGACCCACUCACGUGUCUCCCUACAGGGAGGAAGCACAGUCCGAGCAACUCAAAGAGACUCAAGCAAUGACAUCCCCCAAGUGUCUACUCCUGACACUCUACGACUGCUCUCGUCUCUCAGGCAGACAGCUUUAGGACUAGCAGGUCUCUACAGAGGACAAACAGGACUGCUGGUUCCACCUGAAAUGCACUCUCUGCUCCCAUUGGACCUGGCCUCGGCCAAUCCAACCCAGUCUCCAGUCACACAGAUCCAGCAUCCAGUGCUACAACCCCUACCUCCACCUCUAUUUGAACCCUUAGACCUACUCACCCAGCCUUCAGUAACUCAUAGAGUCAUCUCACUCACUCAGAUUCAAAUAAUACCUAACCAGCCAACAUUAACACACAACCCACCCCCAGUGACACAACGGCAGGUUUUAGUCCCAGAUAGCCAAUCUCCAUUAACACAGUCCGUAUUCCAAAGUCUCCACAACCAGCCAUCAGUCAUGCAUAUCCAGCGUCAAGUCACUGAGCAACCAAUUAAACCCCUAAACCACAUCGGCAGAUUUACCCAGUCUCUGGUCUCACUCCCGCAGCUUCCAGACUCUUCCAGCCACCCGUCUGAUCCCUUUACCCAGCGUCCUGAUUCUCCUACCCAGCCCAAAGAACCUUUGACUCAGUCUCUACUUAUUCACAGCCUGCAUGCUCCCGACUCAAUCGCUCAAACCCACCAUCCUGUACCUCAAAGUAAUCCUUCAGACCCACAUAUCCAGGAUCCUAGCACCAUCACCCUGUUUUCACGCUCACAAACCCAGACUCAACCAUACAAAACUCAGCCUCAACCAUCACCAACCCAGCAUGAACCUACACAAACCCAGCGUACAGAUCUCCUCACCCAGCCUUCAGGCUCAAACACCCAUCUUCCUGACCUGAUCACCACACCCCCCACCCCUGACCCCCAGGGCCCUAGUGCCCCUAUGCCCCCACCCCAGACCCCCUGCAGCAGAACACGAGCCAGCCUGCUAACCCAGCUCAUCCAGCCAAACCAACCAGGCCCAAUGACACAGAGCCCACAGAGUGGCUGAAGAGGAACACCUCUCAGUCCCCCAUGAGGACCAAUGAGGACCCCAGAGUAAAGCCUCCUCCUCCGUGGCUUCCAGUGCUGGAGAAACAUGACAUCCCCAUCGUGGUGGGAGUGGGUGUGUCUAUGGCCUUCAUCUUCAUCACCAUGGCCUUC